AUGGCGGCGGUGAAGCGCGCCUACCUCGCCGUCUACAACUGGGCCGUCUUCUUCGGAUGGGCGCAGGUGCUCUACUUCGCCGUGGAGGCGCUGCUCCGGUCGGGGCACGAGGACGUGUACGCCGCCGUCGAGAGGCCGCUCCAGCUCGCGCAGACCGCCGCCGUCCUCGAGAUCCUCCACGGCCUCGUCGGCCUGGUGAGGUCGCCGGUGUCGGCCACGCUGCCGCAGAUCGGGUCGCGCCUCUUCGUCACCUGGGGCAUCCUCUGGAGCUUCCCCGAGGUGCGGUGCUCUUCUCCAUGGUGCCCUUCUCCGUUCUUCUUGCUUCGUGCAUACCUCAUCCUAUCCUCUGUUUUCCUUGCUCUGUUUUCUUGUACGGCUUUGCAGACCAGGACACACAUCCUGGUGAGCUCCUUGGUCAUCAGCUGGUCCAUCACCGAGAUUAUUAGGUACUCUUUUUUCGGCACAAAAGAGCUGUUUGGAUCUGCCCCAUCAUCGCUUCUAUGGUAUAGCUCUUUCCUAGUCAUGUACCCAACCGGCAUCAGCAGCGAGGUUGGCUUGAUAUACAUUGCGUUGCAGUUCAUCAAGGUUAGAAUGCCCAACAAAUGGAACUAUUCAUUUGACUACUUCUAUGCAUCAAUCCUGGUACUCCUAGUCUAUGUUCCAGGAAGCCCGCAUAUGUACACGUACAUGCUUGGGCAGCGCAAGAAGGCGCUUGCAAAGUCGAAGACUGCGUAA